AUGCCACUGUCCAAGGCCGCGACGGCGGCGAAGAGGCAGCGCCUGACGCUUGCUCAAUUGGCCGCGUACGAUGAUAUACUGACCGACGCUCUCGUCGACCAUGUUUACUACUGGACGACCGUCCCCAAGAACCGCUCCACGUACCACCCAUCGCGAGGCGUGAGCGAAGAAGUCAUCGCCAAGAUUGUCCAGGACGAAAUUGUACUCAACAAGAAUCUGGACGCCGCCGAGGAGAAGCUGCUGGCGACGGACGGACUGAGGAGGUUCCUCGGGAGCCUCAAGACGAGCAAGGAAAAGGACGACUUCCGUCGGCACCUGCGGCGGUACCUCCAAAUCUACAUGCCCGACUGCCCGUUCGAAGUCAGCUCGACCAACCGAUACACCCUUGUCACGCACGAGGCAAGCAUCACUGCUAGGCGCUAUAUCAAGCGCAACGAAUCCAUCAAGUACCUCUCGGGUAUCCAGGUCACCAUGACACCCGAGGAGGAAAAGGAGAUUGCCGUGCGCAAGAAGGACUUUAGCGUUGUUGUCAGCUCCCGGAACAAGUGCACGAGUUUGUUUAUGGGCCCUGCUCGGUUUGCCAACCACGAUUGCGACGCCAACGCCAAGUUGAUGACGACGAGCCACGCCGGCAUCGAGAUCAUUGCCACGAAGCCGAUUGAGGUGGGCGAGGAGAUCACCGUGACCUAUGGCGAGAGCUACUUUGGCGAGGAUAAUUGUGAAUGCCUUUGUCAGACGUGCGAGAGGAACUUGUGUAAUGGAUGGCAGCCGGAGGAUGGGGCCCCGGCGGCCAUCAAGCCAAGCGUGGAGGAACCGGAAAAGCCCGUCGUCUACUCACUGCGGCGGCGACGCAGGGACGACAGCAUCGGCGGAGCCUCGUCGCGGACGCCGUCUGUGACACCCGUCAUUCGCCCACGCGUGUACAAGACACGAACCAAGGGUUCGAGAUUCAGCAACGCGCACGAAUCAUCGCCGUCGGCAGUGUCCCCAAUGCUGGAUGCCGUCACGCCUUCUGGUCGCAAGCGGACGAUCGAUGCUAUGGCCACGCCUCCAAUCACUCCAGCCAAGCGUCUCAAGCAUCUUGUGGAGCUGCCACCCGUUGAGCCGGCCGAGUCAAGAGGAAGCUCUGUGAGCGGGAGUACGGCCUCGAACAGCGGCGACGUGUUGGAAACGGAUGUGACAUCUCCAGAGAAGGAAAGCCCAGAGCCUAUCCCAGAGACGCCAAGGAAGAAGCUGGAAGUGGCAGGUCCAUGCGCGGAUACGGUGCAUGGUGACACAGCAGUGUCGGCGAACUUAGGAGCAUUCUCUCCGCAGAGCGCGCAUGGCCUGCAAUCGCCGCCGUCGUCCCAGCACUCUGAAGUAGACACGACGUCCAUCAUGGCAUCAGAGCGGGCCAUAGUAGACGUCGCCUCUACGCUUAUUGCUCCUCCCACUGACCAAGAGAAGACUGUCGCUCCGCUCGCCGUCAGCAUCGAGACAGUCGCCGAGGCAGACAUGGUGCAGCCUGCGGCAGACUCCGAGGCGGCAGUGCAGCCAAGGACGAGGAAGUACCAGCGCCGCGUGUUCAUAAAGCAAGCUACGCCACCGGCGCGCAUGCGGACCCCUGGGGACUACAUCCUAACGCCUUUAUUGCUGUCCGAACCCGAGAUGGCUUGGGUCCAGUGCACCAAUUGCACGAAUUAUUUUAUUCAGCAGAACGCGUACUAUACCCGGGCUUCAUGCCCUCGUUGUGAGCGGCACUCGAAGCUCUACGGGUUCAUAUGGCCCAAGACGGAGAGGGCGGGACCGUCAGACAAGGAAGAGAGGAUCCUGGAUCACCGGAUGGUUCAUCGUUUCCUUGACCACUACGACGAGCGCAGGGCCCGGGGUCGCAAGGUUAUGGAACGUGACGAGAGCGAAGACGAAGAGGAUGAGGAGGAGGAUGAGGCGCCCCGCGGACGGUGCCUAAAGCGAGGCGCGCCGUCGACAGCGAAGCAGGCGGGGAUGAAGGAAGACAUGAGCGACGGAGCGCUGCGGCGGAGCGGCCGGGCACGGAGAUCCACCAACGGGCCAGUACUGUUCUCGCUGACGGCCCUCUUGGCAGUCGUGCGGUCGCAAGCCCAUGGGUCGUCGCACACGCAGAGCGGGCUAACGUGGACGAAGGGCGCGUUGCGAAUGAACCACAUACAGGUCAUUGGCACGCACAACUCGUACCACCUCGAGGUGCCGGAAGCGCUGCGCAGCAGGCAAGAGGGCAUGUACAACACCUCGCAGGACCUGCGGUACUCUCACGCGAGCCUCACCAACCAGUUGAAACACCAGCGAGUGCGCAAUUUAGAGCUCGAUGUCCUGGCCGACCCGAUAGGAGGCAACUACGCCGACCCGCUCAUCAUGAGGCGUUUUGCUGGUUCGCCGCCGAUGAGCCCGACGUACAACGAGUCCGGCAUCAAGGUCCUGCACAUCCCGGACCUCGACAUCUGGACGUCCUGCAUAACGCUCGUGUCGUGCCUGCGCAUCAUCAAGCGCUGGAUGGACCACCACCCGGAAGCCGUGCCGCUGACCGUCAUGAUGGAGCCCAAGACGGCGGAGAGCCUGGGCGAGAUGCAGGGCGGCGCCAUGGUGAUUCACUGGGACAAUGUCACGCUGCUGGACGGGCUGGACGACGAGAUCCGGCGAGUGUUUGGCCCGGCGCAGCUCAUCACGCCCGACGACAUACGCCGCGAGGGAGACACGCUCGAGGGCUCGGUGCUCGGACGUGGGUGGCCGGACCUGGAGAGCGCGAGGGGCAGGAUCAUGUUCCUCAUGGACAAUGCGCUCCCUGACCCGAUUCGCGAUGCCUAUAUCGAUGGGAGGCCGAAUCUCGAGGGGAGGGUGCUGUUUACGAACGCCCCCAUUGGUGAUCCCGACUGCGCGUUUCAAAAGCUCAACGACGUGACCACGCUCGAGUACACGAAGCACGUCCGGACUCAGGUGACGCGCGGCUACUGGGUGCGCACGCGCGCCGACGAGCCGCUGAGGACCAUCUGGGACGGCUGCUCCAUCGAGCGGCGAAAGCUCGCGCUCAGCUCCGGCGCCCAGAUCGUGAGCACCGACUUCCCCGCGUACGGCAUGAGCGCGCGCUGGGGCUGCGACUACGCCGCCACGCUGCCGGGCCACAGGGCGGUGCGGUGUAACCCCGCGAUGCUGCUGCCCGUGUGCCGCGACGAUGUGCUCGAGAGGCUACAUGUUGAGUCGUAG